AUGCACGAAGCAAAGUCUGUCAACACACCUUUUGCAGCUCAUUUCAAGCUAUCAUCCGCUUUGAGUCCUACUAAUGAGACUGAUAUGGCUUACAUGGCACGUGUUCCAUACUCUAGUGCUGUUGGAUCUUUAAUGUAUGCUAUGAUCUGCACACGCCCUGAUUUGGCUUAUGCUGUUAGCAUGGUUGAAGAAGCCUUCACAGAAGAGAAACCAUGUCAUGAUCAAAGUGUCCAGAUUGUUGCCUCUAAAGAAGAAACAGAGGAUAAGUCGGUUGAUUCUCAAGAGGACCAAAGAGAGAAAAAAGGUGAAAAAACUGAGGAAAGUGCCACCAAAACUGUAGAGUCUUGUUCAGAAAUUAAGCAAGAGGAAGAUACUGAAGAAAUCAAACCAAGCGUUGAAGGAGGCUUACAAGAAAAAAGCUACCACAAUGAAGGGCAGAUUUUGAAUGCAGCGCCUAAAGAUAUCCCUAAGGAAGAAGAAGUUGAGGACAUAAGAAUUGAUCCUCAAGAGGCAAGUGAGAAGUGUGAGAAUGGAGAAAAGGAAGAAAGAGAACAAGAGGCUGAGGAAAGUGUCGAUAAAUUUGUACAGUCUUGUUCAGAAACUGAGCAAAAGGAAGAUACUGAAGAAAUCAAACCACGUGUUGAAACAGAGGAGAAAACAGAACUCAUAACUGAUGAUUGCAUCACAUCACAAACAGAGCCUCAUGUAGUAAGUGCAGAACAUGAAAGAAAAAAUGAUGAAGCAAUUCAGAGUGAAGAAACUGUAAGCGAAGACACUAUUUCAGAGAAGGCUGGAUAUGAAGAAGGGUUAAAACUUUCGGACAAUUCCAAUAUUGCCCUGAAAGAGAAUGAAAUAGGAAGCAAAGUUGAAGAUGAAGAAAAGGAACAAGAGGACAAAUCAAGUGAUGCUCAAGAGGCAAGCGAGGAAAAAGUCAACACAAUUGUACAUGAAGAGACCAGUUCGGAGAAAGUUGAAUAUGAAGAAGAGGUCAAACAUUCUGAUAGUUCUAAUGUAGAGAUCAACGAGAAAACACUACCGAUUUUAAGCAAAUAUGAAGAUCUAGAAUGGAAACAAGAGGGCAACACUUUCGAAAAAGACCAAGGUGAGGAUACUCAUAGGGGAAGAUACAGAACUAGUGAAGAGACUAUCUUAGAGAAGGUUGAAUCUGAAGAAGGGUUACAAUUUUAUGACAGUUCCGAUAUCGCUUUAAAUGAGAAUGAAAUAACAUAUGAAGAAAAGGAACAAGAGGUUUAUAUUUCAGGAAAAGGACAAGGUGGUGAGGAUGAUGUUACAGAUGCAACGUGCAAAGAGAUCCUCAAGGAAGCAGAGGACAAACCAAGUGAUGCUCAAGAGGUAAUUCAUGUUCAUUAG